UCUCCCGUGAAUCACAGUAUUGCAACACGGAAGUAACUACGUAGGUAUGGUUCUUUACACCUGGCGUGCUUGCCUAGUACGUUGCCCCGCGAUAUAGAGGAAAACUCUAAACUUAUACGGAAGGAGCCAUCUGCUUUAGCCCAUUAUUCUGAUACUUACUAGCUAGAGCAUUAAAGUAUAAAACUAUCCCAUCUCCUCGCUUCUCUAGUUCUCAGAGUUCCGCAAAUCCUACAACACUCGCCUCUUCAGACACACGUUAUAGGAAUCACGGUUCACGCUCUAUUUCAGCAACUUUGAAGACUAUCACCACCUUCUCUCACAUAAAUUCCUCUGCUACGCAGAUUCCACAAGUAGAGCAGAAUAGCCAUUGUAUUCACGAUGCCCCAUGCAACAAAGACGAAGAAGCAAUCCCGCCCACGGGUCAACACUGCCGUCUCGGCCCCGGUUCCAUACCCGGUUCGGUCACAGCAGCAGAGCCAAGUUUCUUCCGGCUCAUCUUCAGCGGCCUCGUCGGGUUCUUCUUCCUACGCCUGGACAGCAGCAGACGCAGCUAGAGCCUCGCGAGACGGCGCGUUUCUGACGGCUUGGCCACCUGAGGAGACUUACCACGCCCCGCCAAUCCAUCUUCUGGACCAGAAUUACCAGGCACAGCGUCAGGCUCAGAACCAGGGACAAGGUCAGGGUACUCAGAAUCACUAUUCGUCGACUCAUGUACCUCCUACGACGUUGAACCAGGGAGGUAGCACCGGCGGCAACUAGAUUAGUCUCGAAAAGCUGAAAGCUGCCCAUGACCAUGGCGUCCUUCUAUGGACGUGCCUUGGUGGAAAGAAGGAAAAACAAACCUUGUGUUUACUGAAAAGUUAUGGUGUGGAUUGCUCGGAAUCUAGUGGGCAUUCAUCAAAGAUGGAAAAAAAAGUAUGGCAUCUUGCUAAAUUCAACUAGGGAAUUCACGGGUUCGGGGAUGUAUGAAGGGAUUCCGAGGAAAAUGAGAAAAUGAUGUCGAUAAAUCAUUCACGAUACGUUUACUAUGAUAGCACAUAUUUGCAGUCGAAUAGGGGUUGGGGGAGAGGCAGAGCAUGUUGUUUAGUCCACAUAUAGGGGAAAGGGGUUCAUCGCUAGAGCUGGAAUGGCUGCUCAAUAGACUACGUUUAUGUGAUAAAGAACUUAUACAUAG